CCGACAACCGUCCGCCGCCCGCCGUCCGGUGGCCUGUCCUAUCCCCUCACAGCAGUUGUACACCAUACAGACAUUCCAGAUAUUCCCCGGCCAGAGCCUGUAGCCCGCGCGGCCGGUCCUCUCUUGUAAAGAGUGAAAACCCUCCGGUACACCGGCUCCAGAUUCCCAGGCGUUUGUAGCUUUUCCAUCUUUACUUUUGUUGGGGAAGCGUUGCGACCUGCACGCCGCCGCCGCCGCCUCUAUCACUAUGGAAUCAUUUCAACGGAAAACAAUCACAACGACCCGUGGCUUUACGUAUUCCUACUACGUUUCCACCGGCAACACCACCCGGCCAACUCUACUUCUCCUACAUGGCUUUCCUGAUGAUGCCCAUCUUUGGGAUGGGAUCGCAAAGCAAUUAACGCAAUACAACCUAAUCAUACCCGACCUUCUCGGAUAUUCGAACACCUCCAAGCCCACAGACCCAGCUGCCUAUAGUUCCGCUGGGCACAGCAAUGACUUAGUCGAUAUCUUAGAUACUGAGCAUGUCGAAAAAGUCAUUUCGGUCGGACAUGAUUGGGGUUCAUUUAUCGCACAGAGGCUAUACCUUCACCAUCCAACCAGGGUAGAGGGCCUCAUAUUGCUGGCCCUCGGCUACAUACUACCAUCUACCAAUCAGCCAACCUUGGAAGAAGCGAAUGCGAUGUUUGAGAAGUUAUGGGGUUAUCCUGCCCAUGCGUACCAGGAGUUCUUCAUUUCGGAUGAUGCACCUGCACUCCUAAGAGCGAAUAUAGACCGCUUUUACCAUGCCAUUCAUGGUGCGCCUCGUGACUGGACAAAGCAAAUAUGGUGCCAAAGAGGGGAGAUGAGAAAAUGGCUGAGUGACAAGGACCGAAAGGUCGAGUUGCGCGGCUACGCCCAAGAUCCAGCGUUUCGACAGCGAUUUUUGGAGCGGUUUCAGCGGGACGGCUUUGAGGCUCCCUUGUGUUACUACAAAGCAAUGUAUUCCGGCGUGAAUUCCGAUAGCAUCAAGGAUCUCGACAAGGACAGGUUGAUCGUUCGUGUGCCUACCUACUACAUUGCGUGUACGCGGGACCCUGUAUGCAGACCGGAGCUGUCAAUACCGGCUAAGCAGGGAGGUUUCUUGCCGGACUGGGAAGAAACCAUCGUUGAUAGUGGUCACUGGGUCCCAUUCGAGAAACCUGAGGAGGUCGCUGAAUUGAUGAGCUCGUUUCUGCAGAAGAGGUUUUCAGCUUAACCAGCUUCGCUCAGCUAGUUGCUACUCACGAAGGAACACUACCUGAAACAGCACUUAUAGUGCUGUUGCUGUACACCUAGUUCUUUGUUUUCGAUGUUUCUAGACCCUGCGGCUUAAAAUAGCCCUGGAGAUCACAGUAAAUCACCACUAUAUUGGCUAAACGCAGCUAUCAAUAGCGGAUACCUAAAUAUGCCUCGUGUACUAGGUAAAUACCUAUUCACUACCUACUUUAGCACCUACGUCCGAAGGUUAUGAACAGGGCCAUUAUAAAAACAACAAUACAAGUCAUAUGAAAGGAAGAGGAUUGUUGAGAAUUGUGUAUUUAGGUAGCUAGCUAGAUGUAUCCACUUCAGAAACCCCGAUCACCAUUAAAAGUGCCCUCUCAGGGA